UCUUUGGUCUGUGGUGUGGAGUUUGUUUUGUUAUUAUUUUGUUUGGAUUUUUCAAGAAUGUUAUCAGCUAAUUUUGUUAUUUGAAUAUUAAAUUUGUAACCGCAACCUUUUACAAUUGAACAAUGGAGCCCAAAAACGAGUUGCAGCGCAAUGCUAUAGCAGAAGCGCGUCGUAAAGAGCUGGAAACAUACCAGCGAGCACUGGAUAUACAAUGGUUGAACAGCCGUAUGGAGGACGGAAGAAUGGGACGAUGCCUCGCGCUUAUACAGAAGGAAGCAGAAAUGGAGAAGGAUUAUCAAGAGAGAACUGAUCAUGCAGCAAUAGUCAAUGCACAAGCCAGAAAAGAGAUUGAUUUAGGCAUGGAAGUGGCCCGAGUGCGCAGGGAAGAGGACUGUGAGCUGUUGCGGAGGCACUACCUGAGGGAGAGAGACCCUGGCCUGCGUCAGCUGAUGAAGAAGCUGCAGGCGGGAUAUGUGUGCCGCGACCUAAACCUGCAGAUGCUCAACAACCAGUACAAGAGGUUGCAGGAUAAGGCCCAAGAAGAACAGGCAAAUCGAAUCCUCUCCACCUGCCUGUACAAUGAUGAUGAGGCAAGAGAACAUGACGAGAAAUUGAAACAGGAGAAGAAUAGGCGCUACUGCAAUGAGUUGCAGCAGCAGUUGGUCAACAGACAGCUGCAGCGCCAGUGCCAGUACGAGGAGAUGCUCAUUGAGAAGAAGAUGCUGGAGGAAGUUGACAGAACCAUAGCUGCUGAGGACCAGAGGGAGCUCCAACAGAGGCGCGAACAAACAGAGAAGAUGCAAAGAGAGAUGAAGACGUUCCAACAGGCGCGUGAAGCGUGGAAAGAGAAGCAAAAGGCCAUGGUCAUUGUAGAAGAGAGGCAGAUCGAGGAACAGAAGCGAGCGCUCUCUGAUAGAAGCGCAGCCAUAGUGGCAGAGAGAGAACGGAAAUUGAGAGAAAAGGAAGAAAUCAACAAGAGAAUCACCGACAAAAUAUUAGCCGACGAGGCAGCCCGUCAAGAACGCGAGAACAUCAUAAAACUUCUCCAAGAGCAAGAAUAUUUGGAGAAGAAUGUGCAAGACGAUAUCGGAGAACGCGCAAAGACCGAGCGAGUCAAACGAGAUACGAAACAAGCUCUGACGUCACAGAUGCGCUCCAGGCAGGCGCUGCAGAGAGAACAGAGGGAGAGAGAAGCGGAAUUUAGGAAAAAUGCCGAAGCAAAAAUAGCAGCCGACGAAGCGGAAGAGCGAGAAAAAGAACGAAAGAGAAGGGAAAAGCAAGAGCAGUACGCACAAGAGUUGCUGAAGCAGAUACAAGAGAACGCCGCAGUUAGAGAGAGAAAUAAAGAGAUGGAAGACAGUCGAGCCAAACACGUGUGGGACUGCGACAAAGCAUGGCAAAAAGAAGUAGCAGCAGAAAGGAAGAAGAUCAUAGAAGACCACGUGCCUCAUGUACUGGGCUACCUGCAAGCCGGAGUCAUUGGCCCCGCGGACUUGGCCGCCACGCGCCAAGGCGCCAAGAACCACCAACACUUGGCCCAACUCGACAUCAAGUCAUUGGCCAUAUCUAACCGACCCAAGAGGUUCUCUAAGUGCAAUGCUCAGUGCCGAAUAUUGAGAGAGUAUUGAUUGUAAAGUAUUUUGAAGUUAUUUUGGCUUGUUUUGUAGUUUCGGUAAUAAAAUGUAACAACUAAUGAAUAAAAUUGAUAUUAUGAUUUAAAUUACUAAAGACUGGUUAAAACUUAAAAUGA